UAUCUCCUUAUUUUAAAAGUACUUUUUGUACAAUAGUAAACAAUGUUUACAUACAUACUCAUUGUAAUAGUUUUAUGCAGUGUACAACAGUGCACUGGUGGUGGUGGUAACAAUGAUGGUUACAAUGACAUGGUCGCUGAAGCUAUGCAGGCGCUGUUACCAGCGCUGGGAAAAACGUUCGGAGUUAACAACUUAGUUGCCCCGUUGUUUCAAAAUGACUCGAAUGUUCUCACCCCACUGAUCGGGAGCCUUGCCCUGCCGGCCUGGGACCACUCCCGAGAAUGUAGCCAAGAUCUAUUGCUGCUUGUGGAGGACUUCAGGAGCGGGGAACCAUGGACCCAGCAAGUACUGGACGCAUUCGGGAAGCCAGAUAGCGGGAUCAUAAAGGGUCGGACUUGGUUCCCUGGUGGCUUCGAUGAAUGUCUGGAUUUACACGCAGAUGCCUAUAACAACGCUACAGACACCAUGCAGACGUUCCAUGGACAAUACUGCAGAAUAGAAGUAGCAACUGGUCCUCCCCAAGCGAAUCCAGAUUUGGUGUCGAAAUUGCGGAUAGGUGUUUGUGUGUCUUCCCGUUGUAUCGCCAAGGACAUAGAUAUUCUCGUGAAAAGCAUUCAGAUGGUGUUGUUCAAUGGUACUAGUCGCUAUGACGUCAACACCGUGUGUUACGAGGAAAGGCCACUUGCAAAUGACGUCAUUUGUGUCAUCGUCGUCCUGUCCGUGCUUGUUGCGUUUGUUGUGUUCGGUACACUUUAUGACAUCACAGCAGUUCAAAUGAAACUGAAUGAACAGCCAAAAGAAAAGAACACUGCUGACAUCAGUGGCAAUGCUACUGUUAAUCGAGUGGGGUUGAACGCCUACAUCAACGGUGCGUACCAACCCGCAGGGGACACGGGAGACAAAGACAAGAACAACCCUGUACUCGAGAUGAUAGGAGAAUCUUCUAGGACGGAAAUCAAGCCUACACAUGGAAGGAGUACCUUGGAGAAGAUAUGUCUGGCAUUUUCUGCGUACAGUAACGGAGUGAAGAUAUUAAGUACGGAACAGGGGGCGGGUUCCCUAGGGGCUCUGCACGGUAUCCGGUUCCUCAGUAUGGCUUGGGUUAUCCUGGGCCAUACGUUAGUCUACUCGGGGACAGUGAGCGCAAAUGUUUUGAGUUAUUAUAAUGCCCAGCUGAAGAACCCUUCGUUCUGCGCCGUAAUUUUUGCCGGUUUGUCUGUGGAUAGUUUCUUCACCAUUAGCGGUGUCCUGGUGGCCUACCUGGCGUUACGGGAGUUAAAGAAAGUGGGCGGGGCUAAAAGACUCAACUGGUUCAUUUUCUACUUUCAUAGAUUCUGGAGGUUGACCCCGCCCUACAUGUUGGUCAUCAUGGUCGGUACUGUCCUUCUGCCAUAUGCCAUAUCCGGUCCUUUCUGGCCAGAGGGAGAUUUAUCGUUCAUGGCAGCUUGCCGGAAAAACUGGUGGACUAAUCUUCUCUAUGUCAACAACUAUGUCAACGUCGAAGAGAAUUGUAUGGGAUGGUCGUGGUACCUGGCAAAUGACAUGCAGUUUUACAUCAUCAGUCCUCUGAUACUCUUGCCAUUGUUCUAUAACAUUUUUGCUGGAGCAGCGUGUGGCCUAGUGCUCUUGGCCGCCUCCAUUACCGCCACCUGGAUAAUUUCCUCCAAGCACGAAUACUCGGCUCAGGCCAAUUAUCCUUAUGCACCAUAUCCAAAGGAUGGCGAUUAUGGCAAGACUCUGUACACUCCUAGUUACGCUCGCAUUUGCCCUUAUAUUAUUGGCCUUUUUGUUGGGUACAUUCUCUAUAGGACACGCUGCAAAAUACGGAUUCCAAAGACCAUAAACAUCCUCGGCUGGUUUCUGAGUUUAGCUGUGUUCUGCACAGUUACCUACUCACUAUACACAGACAAGCGCAGUCACAUACUGAGCUUACAUGAAUCUGCGGCGUAUUUCAGCCUUCAUAGGACGGGCUGGGGCCUGGCCAUGGCCUGGGUCAUUGUGGCCUGCUGUACUGGAUAUGGGGGCUGGAUAAACGAGUUGUUGUCGUGGCGCGGGUUCAUUCCACUAAGUCGCCUAACCUACUGUGCCUACCUUAUACACCCUCUCGUUAUGUUGACCUUCUACAUGAACAGACGACAGCUCACAUACUUCACACAAUUUGAACUGGUCUACCUUUUUGUUGGACACCUGACGAUGUCUUACGGCCUCAGUUUCAUCGUGUCACUCGUGUUUGAGGCACCAAUGAUGGGGCUGGAGAAGGCAGUCUUAAGGAAACGAAAAUAAACCACGGAACUGAAUACCUUUCAAAUGAAAUAACCUUUUAUGAUUAUUUUAUAAAGCAGAGCAUUUUUUUUCACCAAUUAAAAAGCAACAACAA